CCAAGGAUGAUGUCCAUGAGCUGCUGAGGUCUGGGCGGGUUUUCCGCUAUGAUGUGCUCCGUGGGAUCAUGGAGUCUCGCAACCCCCUCAGCAGGAUGAUCGAGGAGUUGGAACAGCGAAAGAUGUUUGUCAGCAAUAUCCCAGCCACACCAGCAGGAGGUGCAUCCACCGAUACCUGUAAGAUUAAUCGCAACCCAGAAUGGAAGGUGAAGAAGAGGGCGCUAAUGGCAGAGAAGGGGCUCUACCGGAGGCACUCCACUGACCAUCCUCUGCUGAGGGACUUCGCGAUCUACCUCUCAAAAGAUCUCAACAAUGAGAACUACAAGCAGGAGGUGGAGAAUGUGGCGAGGGUUUUGUUUUACAUGGACCCAGCCCAGCCCUCCCUCCAGUUUGUCCGGGACAGAGAGAAGACCAAGGAAUACAUCAGGCAGCUCUCUGAGGCCCAGCUCACCAAGCAGACCCAGGUGAACUACCUGAAGAGCUUGAAGAGAUUCCUCCACUACCACACGGUCAGCACCAACCUGCUCUUCAAUGACCCAGACCUCCACAGCCAUGCAAAACACUACAUGGAGUUCAUCGGUGCACUGCAGACUCAGCUGAGCAAGGGGGUCAGCAAGGAAGUUGUUGCCAAGCGUGAAAGAAUCAUCCGUGGCGACAUGAAAACUACACCUCACGACUGCUGGGCAGUGCUCAGGGCGGCCAAGACAGAUUUCCUGGCCGUUAUGGGGAAGAUCUUUGAGUCUGCCUCGACCUCCCAUGUUCAGCUGGAGACUUUGGAGCGCCUCCUCGUCCUGUAUUACCUGGAGGCCAUCGUGGUUCUGAGGCACCUGCAGAGGCCAGGUGUGGUGGAGCACAUGACUGUUGAGGAGUGGAAAAACAGGACCCAGGUGGGAGGGGGGCAUGUCUCCAUUGCGGUGAAAGAGCACAAGAUGGCAAGGCAGCAGGUGGCCAGCUUUGUCCUGUCCCCAGAAGAGGAGACUUGGUUCAUCUCAUACUUUGACGUGGUGAGGGAUCAGCUGAGAACGUCCAAGAGGGCCAAGUACAAUGCGGCGGCAAACAAGGUGGCAGAAAACCCCCAGGACAGGUAUUUCCUGUCCUCAUCUGGGAUGCCAGUUUACAACUGCUCCAAUGACAUUGCCCGCCUCCACCAGAAAUACAAAGUCCCAUUGGUGACCAGCCAGGUGGCAAGGCGGGUGUUUGAGACGGCAGCAAAGGCACUGACAGACGUGGACAAGUCCCUGGUCGCGGACUACCUGACCCACUCCACAGCCACUGCUGAGAAGCACUACAGGAUGAAAAGGGGAGCCAGCCUGCUGAGGGGGUCAGAAAUUAUCCGCCUUCUGGGAGCUGAGUUGGGUGGAGACUCCGGCAAGGAUGCGGCCAACACAUCUGAGAUGGCGUCAAACCCUGUGACAGCACCUGUGACAGCAAAUGUGCAGACGGACUUCCAGGCUGUCUGGGACAAGUUUGCAGAGAAGCAUCCAGUCACUUUGGACGGGGUGGUUCCUUCACUGCUGGAGCGCAGGGCAGCUUCUGAGGAACACAAGCGGAAGCUCUACGAGCGCUGGCUGAAGUAUCAGAUGAAGCUGAGGCUGCGGCAUGUCAUCUCCCAUUUCAGGCGUCGCCUCCCCUCAGACAGCAGAGUGGCCGCCUGGAUUGCCAGUCGGGGGUGGAAGAGCAACAUGCCCAGAGUCGCCAGCGUCCUGGAAGGCUGGAAGCCCAGCAGCAGCCUGUAAGACAUCCCUGCUUCCACAGACACCCGGCGCCUUGUCAGCAACCAGAAGUGGGGGGGACUCAAGCUGGUGGACAUUGAGGGCAAGGGAAAAGGCGUCCUUGCCAGGCGACAGUUUCACGCUGUGGAGGUGGUCUGUGACUACCAUGGUACCAUAGUCACAGGUGCAGAGGGGGAGGCCAUCCAUUCCACCACCAGGAGGAGAAGGGCUACGUGUUCUUUUACCAGAACCAGGACGAUCAGCAGAUGUGUGUCGAUGCACACGUUCCCUGCGCAUGCCACCCCGACCGGCAGACAUUCGGCAGGAUGCUCAAUCACUCCAGGAAGAAUGCUAAUGUCA